UUCAGGGGAAAAACUAUACCGGUAGCAGGUUCUCAACAAAUGCUCCAGGAGGUCCCAAGCUUUCUUUCUGGAUAAAGGAUCAGGAGCUCGGGCCUUGCGGGCAGAAGGUCCAUCCGCGGAGAGCGGGAGCCACUAACGCCACAGACUCAAGGCCACUACAACAGGGCCGGCAUAGUCUGCCCCUCCCCCACCUUGGCGGGCCUGAGAGGCAAACCAUCAGCAACACAUCGACGCAUGCGCAACUCAAAGUUCCACGCCGAAGUCAAGUAUCGAGCCGCCACCACUGACUGAACAAGAUGAUGCUGAGCACCGAAGGCGGAGAAGGCUUCGUGGUGAAGGUCCGGGGCUUGCCCUGGUCCUGCUCGGCCGAUGAAGUCCAACGCUUCUUCUCGGAAUGCAAAAUUCAAAAUGGGGCAUCGGGCAUUCGUUUCAUCUAUACCCGGGAAGGCAGACCAAGUGGAGAAGCAUUUGUUGAACUUGAAUCAGAAGAUGAAGUCAAAUUGGCACUGAAAAAAGACAGAGAAACUAUGGGACACAGAUAUGUUGAAGUAUUCAAGUCAAACAACGUUGAAAUGGAUUGGGUGUUGAAGCAUACUGGUCCAAAUAGUCCUGACACUGCCAAUGAUGGCUUUGUGCGCCUUAGAGGACUCCCAUUUGGCUGUAGCAAGGAAGAAAUUGUUCAGUUUUUUUCAGGGUUGGAAAUCGUGCCAAAUGGGAUAACAUUGCCGGUGGACUUCCAGGGGAGGAGUACGGGGGAGGCCUUCGUGCAGUUUGCUUCACAGGAAAUAGCUGAAAAGGCUCUAAAGAAACACAAGGAAAGAAUAGGGCACAGGUACAUUGAAAUCUUCAAGAGCAGCCGGGCAGAAGUUCGUACUCAUUAUGAUCCUCCUCGAAAGCUAAUGGCUAUGCAGCGACCAGGUCCUUAUGACAGGCCUGGUGCUGGCAGAGGCUAUAACAGCAUUGGUAGAGGAGCUGGGUUUGAAAGAAUGAGACGUGGUGCCUAUGGUGGAGGGUAUGGAGGCUAUGAUGACUACAAUGGAUAUAAUGAUGGAUAUGGCUUUGGGUCUGAUAGAUUUGGAAGAGGAAUGUCUGAUCAUAGAUAUGGAGAUGGUGGGUCUACUUUCCAGAGUACAACAGGCCAUUGUGUGCACAUGAGAGGAUUACCUUACAGAGCUACUGAAAAUGAUAUUUACAAUUUUUUCUCACCACUCAACCCUGUUCGAGUACACAUUGAAAUUGGACCUGAUGGCAGAGUGACUGGAGAAGCAGAUGUUGAAUUUGCUACUCAUGAAGAUGCUGUGGCAGCUAUGUCAAAAGAUAAAGCAAAUAUGCAGCACAGAUAUGUAGAACUCUUCUUGAAUUCUACAGCAGGAGCAAGCGGUGGUGCUUACGAACACAGAUAUGUAGAACUCUUCUUGAAUUCUACAGCAGGAGCAAGCGGUGGUGCUUAUGGUAGCCAAAUGAUGGGAGGCAUGGGCUUGUCAAACCAGUCCAGUUACGGUGGUCCAGCUAGCCAGCAGCUGAGCGGGGGUUAUGGAGGAGGCUACGGUGGUCAAAGCAGCAUGAGCGGAUAUGGGAGCCAAGGAGCGAUGAACAGCAGCUACUACAGUAGCGGGAGCCGUGCAUCUAUGGGAGUGAACGGAAUGGGAGGGAUGUCUGGCAUGUCCAGUAUGAGUGGUGGAUGGGGAAUGUAAAUCCUGAUCACUGACUCUUGGUCAACUUUUUUUUAAAGAAAAAAACAAACAAAAACGAAGUUUAACAGUUUUGCAAUACAAGCUUGUGAUUUAUGCUUACUGUAAGUGAAAUCAGGAUUGUUUUAAAAACUUCAGGUUCAGUAUUUUUGAACACAGAAAAACAUUCAUCUAGGAUGUAAUAACCAAGUUGAGUAAAGACUAUAACUGUUAAACAAUUUCAGCUUUUCUCAAGGUAGUUAUGUUGUAGGAGUGUACUUAAGCAGUAAGCGUAUUUAGGUUAAAGCAGUUUCAAUUAUGUUAAAUGUUGCUCUUAUACCACAUUACAUGGAACACUGUUUGAGAUGCAUGUUGGGAGACAUGCUUUUUUGUAAAACAAAUAUAGGAGCUGUGUCUGCGAUUCAAAAGUGAAACAUUUGGCAUGUUUGUUCUAGUUUAUUUCGUUUACUAUCCUGUAAGGCACGUACGUUAAGCUUUUUUUUUUUUAAGUUAAUGGGGACAAUUUUGAGACGCAAUACGGAUACUUUAGGAUUUUGGUCUUGGUGUUUGUAUUAAAUUCUGAGGCCUUGAUUUAAAUCUUUCAUUGUAUUGUGAUUUCCUUUUAGGUGUAUUGCACUAAGUGAAACUUGUUAAAUAAAUCUUCCUUUCAAAAACUGGAA